AUGUCACCCCACUGUUCGUGUAACCCGUCACUAACCGCGCCGCCAUCCGGGGCAGUCGCGCGGCCGGCCCCGCUCCCCGCACUGACCGUGACGCCGCCCGCGCUCGCGUCGAGCCCGAGCCCGACCGAGAGCCCACUAACCCCCCUCAUUAACAUGGGCGGCGUCGAGUCCUCUACUAACGAGCUCCCGCUGUCCGCCAUCCCCUUCGGGUCGCGCACGGCAUCCUGGCCGCGUCUGGCGGACGGCAGCCAGUGUAGCACUCCGCGGGACGCAGGGCGGCGCCAGCGGCACAGCAUCGCCGGCCAGAUGAGCUACCUCAAGAUGCUGGGGCUCGGCGCCCGGGGCAAGCUGUCCGCCGCCGGCCUCUUCAGCACGGCCGUCAUCUCUGGGUCCAGCUCUGCGCCCAACCUCCGGGUCAUGAUCCCUACGGCAGCGUCCAGCAACGCCGCGGUGGAGGGGUUCGGCGGAGUGCCGGCCAUCCGGCCGCUGGAGACGCUGCACAACGCGCUGUCGCUGCGCCAGCUGGACGCCUUCCUGGAGCGAGUGACGGCGGCGCCCGUGCUGCUGGGCACGCCGCCCGCGCCGCCCGCCCCGCUGCCGCACAAGCAGCCGUCGCCCACCAACAGUGUGGGAUGGAGCGGUCCGUCCUCGCUGAUGUCGUCGUCGGGCGAGUUGCCGAGCGGUCUGUCGUCUGCGGGCCCUUCCUCGCCCAACUCUAACUACGCUUCCAAUUCGGAACAUAAGACCACGUCCACGGAAAGUAGCAAUUGGAGUAAAAAUGUGCCGAGCAAGCUCCCUCAGUGGGAGGGCGAGGCGGCGACGUUGUGCGCGUUGGACUCGAGCCUGCACCCAUUCAUGCCGCACUCCAACGUAGCAGGUUCGUCUAUUAGCGGCGACGUGACGCCGGUGUCGAUAGCCUCCGAACUGGACUUCAACAGCAACGAGGCUACCGCCGGCUCCAUCACUGAUCACGAUCUAUUGAGUACUGAAGGCGAAGACGACGAAGGAACGCUUUCAGUAGACUGGUGUGGGUCGCCAGUCAAGAUGAUCAAGAACGACCUGAGCCCACAAACCUACGCCGCAGCCAGUUCCCUCAGACUGGACAACAAUCAGCCGUCCACUAGUAAAUGCUCCACUGAAUUCUUCGGGCUAAGCUUACAGCAAACUAAAGAAUGUUUUCAUAAAGACAUGCCAUCUAGUAGCAAAAAUUACAACUUAGACAAUGAGGUUAAACAAAAGUUUUCUAAAGAAAACGCUCAGAUUGUCACUAACAUAGACUCGCUUAAUUUGCAAAGCAAAGACGGCAAAAACAAGAUUAUAAAGAAUGAAAUUCUAAACAAUGGAAGUAGAAGGUACAGUGACAGUAGUGCACAAAAAAGUAAUGUAAGUUCUCAAGCGACUGUCUCAGGCAGUAGGUUCAAAACUACAUUAGUGACAGACGACCUGUUAAGGCCAAGUACUUCUACCGACAGCACUAAUAACUUGGUGGGUAACGAGCCAGGCAUGCCGUCGGUCACGAAGGCUAAAAAAAGUAACGUGAAACCAGGCUUCACUGUGUCAGAAACAUAA